UCUCUGAGCCAGACCGGAAGAGCUCAUUCUCCUUCCCCACCCCCCACCCUCCCCUUCCCGGUCCCGCUCUUCCUCUUCUUUUCUCCUCGAAAUUGAACUAAAAAACACCCUUCUUUGGCCCCCUUCUUUCCUCCUUGUCCGUCGUUCCCAACUCGUGAUUCGGGAGAAACUCCACCUUCCUUUCCUUCUUUCUUCGAACCCUCGCUUUGGCUGUGUUCAUCGAACCCGGGGCGGCCCUAACUGGGGGUUCCACCAAUCCUGGAUCCACUGAAAAUGUAGAAUUCAGUCUUUGUGAACAUCGAAAUAUUACCACUCCUUUCAACAAUUUAUCUGCAAGCAGUGAGUUGAACAUGGAAGUAGAGGAUGAUGAGGAAGAAGAGGAUAUAGACUUCAACCCCUUUCUGAAAGGGGAAACCCUGUCAGAAGCAUCAUCUGGUUUGAGUUCAGACAAUGAAGGUCUAAUUAGUAAGGUUGACAAAAUUCUACAGAGGUCGCAACACAAGGAUGCUACUACAUCAUCGAGGGCAAAUAUGGAGAUAGUCUGUUGUAGCACAGAUUCUGGAAAUGAAGAUGAGGAGACUGUGAUGCAAACUAGACUUGCAUCAGAAGAUUCUUAUGGAAAAGAGUCCAUUUCAGAAAAACCAACCACAAGAGAACUAACUACUUCCACUGAGCAGGGAGGAGGUUUGACUUGUGAUGGAGGAUGCAUUAAGGAACUGCUCUGUAGAGAUGGAAGUGAUGCUGCUGAUUUGACAAAAGAAGAGUUUCUGGAGCAGACUACAGGUUCUUUAAAUCCAAGAAAUUUCCAGGAUCCCAUUGUCGAGAUAGAUGAUGAGGAUGCCAUCUGCAAGCGCACGAGAGCUCACCAUUCCCUUGCACAUUAUACACUUGAAGAACUUGAGGCAUUCCUUCAGGAAUCUGAUGAUGAUGAUGACAUGCAAAAUCCUGAUGAUGAAGAAGAAUACCACAAGUUUCUUGCUGCUGUUCUGCUGGAAGGAGCUGAUAAUAAACAGACAGGACAGGAGCAUGAAAAUGUAGAGGAAGAUGAAGAGAAUGAUGCUGACUUUGAGAUUGAACUUGAGGAGGCACUAGAAAGUGAUGUUGAUGAAAGUACUGAUAAUAACAGAGGGUUGAGUGACAAGCAAGAAGAAGAUAGACCAGAAACCAGACACAAGAAACGUCUAAGGGAGUCUGCCGAAAACAAAAACUAUUCUUUGGGGCAGGCAAAGAUGCCAUUACGCACUAUAUUGCCAUUUGUCUCAAAUGCACAAGUAGCUCCUUUCCCACCCUCUGGGUGGCAGUUCUCCUCUCCUCAAAGCUUUACUCAUUGCCCACCAUCAUUUUCUGGAGCUGACUUAGUUAAUGGUUUUACAUCUGAGCAAAUAGGCCAGCUGUACUGCUUAAUACAUGAGCAUGUUCAACUUCUUAUUCAGGUCUUCUCUGUUUGUGUUCUUGAUCCAUCGCGUCAACAAGUUGCAUUUCAGGUCCGAAAGAUGAUUAUGGAGAUGGUUGAUAGACAUGAAGAAGCAUUAGCCUGUAGAAAAGUUCCUUAUCCUCGCUCUUGCUUUCAGCCUUCAAAUCUUUGUUCAUCACUGCAUGCUGAUUUUCAUCAAAUUCCUGAAUUUUCUAAUUGGACACCUUUACUUGAUAACCUGGUGCUAUCAGUUCUUGAUGUUGCUCCACUUCGGUUGGCUAAGAGUUACAUGACUGAUGUUUCAGAGGCUGUUCUGAGGUAUAGACAAAAUCAUGUGCAAGAUGCAACUGACAAAAGUCACUUGAAAAGAGUACCUCUUUUUCCACUGCCCAUGUUUGCCUCUCAUAGUGAAACAAAUAAUGAUCACCUCGGGAGAGCUACUACCACGUCUUCAAAGACAGCUUCACCAUCACCUGCUCAAGUACAGCCUAAAAAGUCAUUGGCUGCUACACUUGUAGAAAGUACCAUGAAGCAAUCAGUUGCUCUUGUUCCACUGGAUAUUGCCAGAUUAGCACAGAAGUUUUUUCCUCUGUUUAAUUUAGCACUAUUUCCUCAUAAGCCUCCCAUGCCGGCUGUUGCCAAUCGUGUGCUUUUCACUGAUGCUGAGGACAGAUUACUAGCAAUGGGAUUGAUGGAGUACAAUAACGACUGGGGGGCAAUACACCAACAUUUUCUUCCUUGUAAAACGAAGCAUCAGAUUUUUGUGAGACAGAAAAAUCGCAGCUCCUCCAAAGCACCUGAGAAUCCAAUCAAAGCUGUACGACGCAUGAAGACCUCUCCAUUAACUACAGAUGAAAAGUCACAGAUCAAUGAGGGACUCAAACUCUUUAAACAUGACUGGUUGUCCAUUUGGAAAUUCUUUGUUCCCCAUAGAGAUCCAUCCUUGCUACCCCGCCAGUGGAGAAUUGCAACUGGAACACAGAAGUCUUAUAAGAAAAGUGAAGAUGAUAAAGAGAAAAGGCGAUUAUAUGAAGCAAAGCGAAGAAAAAUCAAAGCUUCAAUGACUGAUAAGGAAGUUACAUCAGAAUUGGAGGUUGACAAUGGAGCGAACAGUGCAGAUGACAUGGACAAUGAAGAUGAAGCUUUUGUUCAUGAAGCAUUCUUGGCAGACUCAGAACGUGGGAGCUUCAAUUGCAUAUCAAAUGAUAUUUCUUUUCCAAAUACUAACAAAAAUAACGUGCAGCCUAUUAAUAUGGUGCUGGACGAGGGUACUAAAUCUUGUGAAAAUUCUGCUGGUGGUACAGAUAAAUUUGAGGCAUCAAGGCAGGAAAGUGAAGCUGGGCAUGAACUUGUUACAUCUUCAAAGCCCUCAGUGAGUAUGCUUCCUUUAUCUAAUUGCUCCGGCAGCAAAUUCAGUGCAUCUUAUCGGAUUUCUUCCAAGCAGUUGUCUUCCACUUCAAAAUCAAGGGCUAGAAGUCAUUUAGGUUCGCUGCCUUACCAAAGGCGUCGAAGGAAAGGUGUUCGGAUUGUCAAGUUGGCUCCAGAUUUGCCUCCUGUAAACCUUCCCCCAUCUGUUCGUGUGAUCUCUCAGUCAGCUUUCCAAAGUUAUCACAGUGGACCAUCAUGUUUUGAUUUUGUUAAUAAUGAAAGAAAAAAGCUUCUUUCAAGUUUCCUGCAAGCUGCUAAACCGGAUGCUACUGUGUCAAAUCCCAGUAAGCAGUUACAUAUGUCCUCUGAUAAUUGUCUUGAAGUUAGCUGUCAGCAAGAUGGUGGGACCUCUGGGAAUCAGUUGGCUGAAGAAAAUACUUUUGAAUCAGAUCUCCAGAUGCACCCUUUACUAUUUCAGGCUCCUGAAGAUCAAUUUUCAUCGUAUUAUUCAAUGAACUGUUAUAACACUACUACAAGCACUUACAAUUUCUUCCCAAGGAGUCAACUUCAAACUGAUCCCAAUUUCUUUAAGUCUCAAAAGUUAGUUAGGACAACUAAUUAUGUUGAUGCGACACAAAAUCCAAAAGGACCUCCAUCAGAUUUAUGUACCAUCGACUUUCAUCCACUAUUGCAGAGAACUGAUAAUGUAAGUGGUGACUCUGCUACUAUAUCUUCCAUUAAUCCACUAUCAGGUGGUUCGGGAGCACAAAAUAAUUGUGGCAGAUUUGUCCCAUCUGAUUGUCUCUUGAGAGAACCCCUGGUUGAGGAUGGUGAGGUAGCAAACAAUAGAGCAGCUCCAUGCCAUUAUGGAAAGGAAAAUAAACUUGAUCUGGACAUUCACCUAGGUUCUAUGAUGGACAAGGAAAAUACAAUCGGAGGUGGAGUUAUGAAUGAGCAUCAGCAUGUUGAGUCAGACAGUCCUACUUUGGAGCAAAGAAUGACAGUGAGUGGCGUGAAUGCUGAUUUAUCAAUCAGCCACUGUAAAGAUAGAUGUCCUGAUGUUUUAGUUUCUUCAGGUUCAAUCAUAAGUGAACAAGCAUGCUCUAAAAUGUAUUUUGAUUCCGUGGCAGUACAGUCUAGCAAAGGUGGUGCGUGUGAAUGCCGAGGAGAUUUUCAUGAUGAGUCUCUUCCAGAAAUUGUAAUGGAACAGGAAGAAUUAAGUGAUUCUGAUGAAGAAAGUGAACAAGUGGAGUUUGAAUGUGAAGAGAUGGAUGACUCAGAAGAAGACGAGUUGGAUGCCACACAACCUUCUGAGACUCCUAAUAAGCAUUAGGUUUGAGAUCAGAUAAUUGGAACUGAAGACCAUGGCAUGAUAAAGGAUCUUAAGCUUGCAAAUAGUUUCAGCCAUUUUCCAAUCUUGAAGAGAGGGUGCAUAUUUAUAGUUAAGAGUCCAAUAAAGCCAAAGAAGAUAAUGCUUUUUUGAAAGUCAUAGCACUCUCCAACAUACUAUAUGUCGGGUUCUAACAUGUUGGCUUAUGCCAAUGAGGGCAUUUGUCGUAUGGCAUUUCUAGUUGUUGAACAACUUCAAACUGUUGCUUUUGUGAAGCUAAGCCCUUUAUAUACUUAUAACUCUCUCUUGCAUUGUGAAUGAUAUCAUGGAUAUGUUUUAGUCCAUCUUGAACAAAGAGAUUAAGUAUAUUAGCUGCACAAUGAAUAUGGAACAAUUUCCCCUUGGCUGAAGCAAUUUUUUCCAAAAAAAUUUUCCUUGAGGAACAAAGCAAGUGAAUCGUUUACUGAAGCACUAUCCAAGAUUAUACUUAAAACCUUGCCAUUAAGAUUUCAACCUCUGAUUGCCUUUAAAAUCACACUGGUUAAAGCAAUCACGAUGUGAUGAGAUUCUGCCUUACAAAAGUUUAUGAUUCUCUUUUGAAGCUUCCAUUCUUUAUCAAUAAAAUAAGCCGUUGAGGACAAAUAUCCUUUUGUUUGAUUAGGACUCCACACAUAAGCUGUCAAGGAAACCUGCUCACAUCACAUGAACUCAUAAUUUUUUUCAGAAGGCUUGCUUGAUCAUCAUCAGCAAACUUGAUAUGAUCACCUUUAGAAGUAUUACAUUAUACCAUCUUAAAUUGUGGAUUAAGACUCGCAACAAAUCUUCUA